AUGUACACCCUUUCAGCCGGCUUAUGGGAAAGAUUUUUCAAAAAGAGGGACUACUACAUUGUAAUCGUGGGAUUAGACAACGUCGGAAAAACGACGUUUCUGGAACAGAUCAAGUCCCAUUUCGUACACGGUUAUGGUGCUUUGAAUCCGGCCAGAAUAACGAGCACCGUUGGGUUAAACAUCGGAAAAGUUGAAAUCAAUAACACAUGUCUGAACUUCUGGGAUUUGGGUGGUCAAGAAGAUCUCCGAACUCUGUGGAGCAGCUAUUAUGAUGAGGCAAACGCCAUGAUUUUUGUGGUCGACGCAACAAAACGGGAGUUAUUCGCAGAAGUUUCUAGUGUUUUCAGGGAAGUGAUCUCCAAUGAGUAUGUCCAGCAAAUGCCAAUACUUGUUGCGGUGAAUAAAAGUGAAAUUGAAGGUUCAGCCGAGGCUGCAGAGGUUCGGCAUAUCUUACACGAUGAAGAGCACGUUGGAGACUUGGCUGUCCUACCAGUCUCUGCACUUGAAGGCACAAACAUCGAUAGAUGUGUACGUUGGAUAGUUCGCAGCCUAGCCAGUGAACCUCUUUAUCUUUAG